AUGGAGCCUAUCCGCAAAGUCGCACUCUUAGGGAGGGGGAUGUUGGGAUCAGCGGUGCUUGCGCAGCUCAUAGAUGCUGGCUUUCAAGUCACAGUUCUGAGUCGUACAGCGAGCUCGAUGGACGAAUCCCAUUCUAGCGUCAGGACCAUGCAAGUCGAUUAUUCGUCAAUCGACAAGCUUGUGACAGCUCUCCAGGGCCAGGAUGCUGUAGUAUCCACCGUCGGUACCUCCGGCAUUAGUAUCCAGAAGACAGUGAUUGAUGCUAGCAUUCGAGCUGGCAUCAGACGCUUCAUCCCUUCGGACUUUGGAGCGCUUACGACCAGACCGGGAGCAGAGUCACUUCCACUCAACGCACCGUGGAUAGAGAUACAGAGUUAUCUCACAGAAAAAGCGCUCGGCGGACAAAUCGAGUACACUCUUUUUGCUGUCGGGCCCUUCUUGGAAUUCGUCAUGUCAAUGCCGUUUUUGAUCGACCUGCAGACGCAGAUAGCCACCGUAUAUGACAAUGGCACGCAUCCUUUCAGCUCAACCAGUGUGUCAAGUGUUGGGAAGGCCAUAGCCGGCGCUCUGAAAAACGCCACAGCAACCAAGAAUCGUUUGGUUAGCGUUCAUGACACUGUCCUGACGCAAAAUCGAGUUUUGCGUCUUGCAAAGAAAUAUUCAGGGCCUGAUAUCGAAUGGGUUGAGAAUCCAGUGGAUGCAGCGAUUGAGCUUGAUACAAUUCUUACGAAUACCAAGCAAGGUGAUUUGGAUCUCUUCAAGACACUUGCGCUACUCAAAGCCGCGCUGCUGAGCGGAAGAUUCGAGACUGAAUUCAAGGCCGUGGACAAUGAUCUUGUCGGAGUCCCCAUUAUUUCUGAGGAUGAAUUUGAGAAUAUUUUUGCCGCGGCCUUCAAGCCAAAUCAGAUGAUUACGCAUGAUGAACUUCAGUCAAAUAUUGAGGGUAUUCAAGGGUAG